AAACUCGAGGGACACAUAGCUGGCAUUGACGUCUAACUUUCCAACAGCUAUUUUUCAAAAUGACAAUGCGAUUAAACAAGAGGUGUGGCUAGAAAUAAUGAACUGACUAACUUAGGUGGCUCGGGGAAGUAGCGGGGCUUGUAGUUUACGUUAGCUAGAACGCUAACGCUGCGGUGAGCUAAUAGAAGCCGUUAGCUAACGGUAGCGUUAGCAUGCUGGAAAACCCAGCAACAGCCGUUGGGAGUAGAAGCUUUUGCCUCAGUUGCCUUCAACAAUCAGCCCGGGGUUUUAAAAAACCGGCUUACCAGCUAAGUUAACCAGGUAGCUUGAGCUGUUUAGGCUAAACCAAGACAGGGAUAACCAUUGUUCUACGUUGCCUUUUGCUGCCUGGAAAAACGCCUCCAGGAUGGGGAUGUGCUUAUCGUGCCUCGGAGGGGCGGCAGACGACGUUGUUGUCACUCCAGAUCCAGAGAUAAGGAGACGACAGUUAGCUGAGGCCGCUGAGAAGAGACAAAAAGAGACAACAUACAGGGGUGUCAAAAAUCCAGAAGCUGUCGAGAGAAAAAAGAAAAAACAGGAAGAGAUUGAAAAGCAGGAGAUGACCACCCCGGCAUCUGGUGGCGGUGGCGGUUUGAAGUGGCAGAUGGGCUGAAAAUCAAGAUAAUAAAAACCUUGACGUAACAUGAAGUAUCGCUUGAAAGAUGACUUGAAAGAUGUUUGGACUGCUUAGCCUUUUUUGCCUAAUUUAUGAUACUAUGAGACAAAAGCCCAAAACAGUUUUCAUGCUUUAUGCAAAACACUGAAGUGAUGACGAGCAGAACAGCAGGACUUGUUGCCAACUUAUACAAGUCGUUUUGACAUUUUGGACAAGUCAGGGAAGACACAGGAAAUUUGCAAGCAACCUUUAUCUUAAUCGACAGUCUUCGAGUUACUUUUUUGAGAUGAGACAAAAUAAUACGAUUAUUAUUUCUCUGGGGACUGUAAUGAGAAUGUGUUUGUACAAUCAUUUUGAGACUUAGUCAUGACGUACACAUACUUGACAAAAUAUGCAGCAGGCAAUAUAAUACUGCAGAAUAAUAUAAAACAACACUAAGGCACUCCAACCAGUAAAAAUGAAGAGUUGCACAAGGAUACGCCGCUAUUUAACUUCUGCACAUGGCCUAUUGCACUUCUUUGUGGGUUUUUCUCUGCACCAUUUGAGUUUUUGGCAUUGAAUUGGAAUGUUUGCAGAACCUGGAUGUGAUGCCCCCUUAAUUGGAAUGAAAUUGUUUGAAAUGUGUUAUCUAAUUACAAACAUAAGCUUUUAUUCAUCUAUUUGCACAUGGUUUGCCUGCAUUGGGUGAGCAGCAAACAUGAUCGCUCAAACGUUUGGAGAGAUUUUUUUCACCAAAACGGAGAGCGAAAGCAACUGAAGGAAAAUAACAAAUGAAGUGUGUACACUACGUAGUGAAGUAUUUACUGCAUUUCUUACAGCCUUGAUCCUAAAAGGAGUUCCGGUGCUUUUGCCAUUUUGUAGAACAGGAAAUCUAACCCACUGUUUUUGCUACAAUAAAAAUUACAUUUCUGCUA